AUAAUGAAUCAAAUGAAACCAACUACAUAGAUACAAUAAUUUUCAUAAUAUGAAUCUAAUAAAUAAUAAAUUAUAUAAUUAAAUUUUAUUAUAAUGAAGAAAUUAUGUUAUUUUAUAUUCAUUAUAUCAAUAUAUAAAGAUGUAAUUAUACAAACAAGUAAAUUAUCUAAUCUUCUUCAUACAUGUCAUGUGAAUUCACCACGUAGAAUACGUAAUCUUGAUCAACAAACAAUAAUGUUAAUGAAUCAAAAUUCUAAACCAUGUUGUUUACCAAAUACAUGGAGAGCACGUUUUCUUGUAAAAACAAUUAAAGGUGGUCGUUAUUUAAGUCGUUUAGAUCAUGGUGCAUUUCAUAUUAGUCAUAAAUUAGAUGGAUCAUUUAAUAAUGCAUUAUUAGUUGUUGGUAGAAAUGUAUAUUCAACAGAAUUUUGUAGUAUUAAUAAUACAGAUAAUUCAAUUAUUAUAAAACAUUUAUGUCCAAAUGAUAGUAUACGUUGUUUAAAAACACCAUUUCUUGGUGAACCAAGAUGUAUAACUGAAAAAGAUGGUUAUAUAUUAAAAAAAUCACGUUUAUAUAAUGGUAAAGGACAAAUUAAAGAAAUAUGGUUUAUUGAUAAAUAUGAUAAAAUAUUUGGUCAUAUUGAAAGACAUUUAUAUCAUGUAUUACGUCAAUAUGGUUUAUGUCAAUUAAUACGUUAUCAAAUACAAUGGGGUAAAUAUACAAUGCCAUGGAAAAGUUGUCGUUUAUUUAUAAAACGUGAACAAACUUAUACACCAAUAACUGGUACAUUUCAACAUCAAUUUAAUCAUUCAUUAAUUGAUGAUCUUUUAUUUUGUUAACAUUUUCAAUAUUAAAAAAAUAAUAAUAAAUGUACAAAUAUUAUAACUAAUCACUAUGGUUACAAACAUAAAUUAUUUGAUCACAAUUAUCCCAUAGUUACUAAUGUAAAAUAUUUUUUAAAAAAAACGAUCGAUCAAUUUUAAUUUUUCAUUUUCAUUUCGAACUAGAAACAAAAAACAAAAAAAAUUUUUUCUCUAAUUUAUGGGAAGGAAAUCCAAUAAGAUUUGAAAUAAUAUAAAAAUGUAAAAAUUAUGUAAUUGAUAUUUCCGAUUUUAUAUAGACAUCAAUGAUUUAAAAAGAAAAAAAUUUUUUUUUUAAAUUUCCAACUUGUACUUUUAUUUUUGCCUUCAUAUAUAUAUAUAUAUAGAAACAAGUUUGACACCGAUUACCAACUAUUAAUAACUCAAUCUUACAUAUAUAUACAGAGACAAUUCGUUUCAGUCAUUGAUUUUCACAAUGUGAACUUUUUGACAUAAUUCGCAUUUAACUAGCUCAUGUUAUUCUAUUAACUAAUAUCAACAUCUAAAUAGGAUUAAAUGAGCAUAAUAUAGAUUUGAUUUGAUUGAUAAAACACUAGAUAUUACUUUGAUAAUCUUGAUCUGGAUUAUUAUUAUUAUUGUUAUCCUGAAGAGGUUCAGAUAAAUUUGUCGGACGAAACAUUGGAAUUAUUUUACAUUCCAAUGACUGAGAUUAUUUCAAAUAUAUAUAUAUAUAUAUAUAUAUAUAGUUUUU